UCUAAAUUCCCCACCUUUUGGCAUCUGCUUCUCCCAUUUCCCCGAAGACCCGUAAGAAACCACUCAACGAGAGAGAGAAACAAUCGAAAUAACCCAACAAAUUCGCAUGGUCUUUCAAGUUUCAACUCUGAGACUGGUCAUUGAUUUCGCGGCUUCCCCACUCCUAAAAAAAACACGUUGAAACGACUUUCUUGGACCAAUUCGCCGCAUAAACAAACCCUUCAAUCAAGUUAACCCCCAUAUCAAAACCCCCUUUGAUUUUUUUUUCCCUUCCCGUUGUCUCUUCAACACAUGGAAUGUUAUAUAAAGAAACAAUUUCAUAAAGAUCUGCCAUGAGAAUUCCCUUCUAUUCUUCCACUACUUACAGGAACUACUUGCCUUCGAUUCAUUAAGUAACUUUGUUGAAUUGCAUUAUAAGGGUAUUUCUUAGAUCCUAAUAUGAGUAACAAUGGCCAAACUACUGGUGCUGGUAACAACAUCAGGGGUUUGAUCUGCAACGCUGGUGCUGGUGCCGCUGCUGGGGCUAUAGCGGCUACUUUUGUAUGCCCUUUGGAUGUGAUCAAGACAAGGCUACAAGUUCAUGGCCUUCCUCCUGCGCAGAAAGGUAGUAUCAUUGUCUCGAGCUUGAAGAAUAUAGUAAGGACUGAAGGCUUCAGGGGAAUGUACCGUGGCCUUUCACCAACAAUACUGGCAUUACUUCCAAACUGGGCAGUUUACUUCACAGUCUAUGAGCAAUUAAAGGGCCUGCUUCGUUCACAUGCAGAUGGUUGCAACGAACUCUCAACUAUUGGAAAUAUUAUAGCUGCUGCCGGUGCUGGGGCGGCAACUGCAAUUUCUACAAAUCCACUGUGGGUUGUUAAGACAAGACUCCAAACUCAAGGAAUGAGGCCUGAUGUUGUUCCUUACAAAAGUGUUCUUUCUGCUUUGACAAGGAUUUCACGCGAGGAAGGCAUGCGAGGACUAUAUAGUGGCAUCGUGCCUUCCUUGGCUGGCGUAAGCCAUGUUGCGAUUCAAUUCCCUGCAUACGAAAAGAUCAAGUCAUACAUGGCAGAAAAAGAUAAAACAACUGUUGACAAGCUAAGUCCUGGGAGUGUGGCAAUUUCAUCAUCAAUUUCAAAAGUAAUUGCCUCAGUAAUGACUUAUCCGCAUGAGGUGAUACGUUCGAGGCUGCAAGAACAAGGCCAUGCCAAAAGUAAUGGGACACGAUAUGCAGGGGUAGUUGAUUGUACUAGGAAGGUGUUUCAAAAGGAAGGCAUUGCAGGGUUUUAUCGUGGUUGUGCAACCAAUCUUUUAAGAACAACUCCGUCUGCUGUUAUUACGUUCACCAGUUAUGAGAUGAUACACAGGUUUUUGCGGCGGGUUAUACCUCAGCCUAAGGACAAGGGGUAUCCGCAAGGCCCUUCUAAAUCCAAUGAACUUAACAAGCCCAAACCAGAAGCUAGUGACAUUAAUAUUAGAAAUGGCACUGAUUCGGGGCAAUCACCAUCUCAGUCUAACAAGAAAGCUUCAUCAAUUCCUCUUGGAAACAAAGAGCAGCUAACAAGACAUUGAUUAGCAGUUACCUUUUUCUUUUUUUAAUUGUCCUCCACCUCCUUAUAUUUAAUUCAUAACUUGAUGGCUCUGAAAUUUUGUCUGUCCAGCAUGCAAAUGCUCGGUUUUACCUCAAUUGUGAAUUAUAUUAGCAAAAAUAAAAUAAAAAUAAAAAUAAAGGUGCAGAAGUGAAUAAGAAUAAGGCCAUGUUCUCAAG